AUGUAUAGCAUUCUACGACCCAGCGAUCGUAUUAAAUUGAUGGUUCAAUUAGAAAGUGGCUUUCCAAAUCAUUUUCGUUAUCUAGUCAUUGUUACAUGUAUUGGAAAACAACAAACCGAGGAGUCAUGUAUUCUCGGUUUUGAUAUUGUUAAAAAUGAAAUUACAAUUGGUUUGAUAUUACCAAUAUGGACUGAUUUGAAUAUUUCACUCGAUGGCGACGGUGGUUUUAAAUUAACUUCACACGAUCGAUGUUAUAUUUUCAAACCGGUGAGUGUCCAAGCUCUUUGGACUGCAUAUCAAAGUUUACAUAAAGUAACCAAGCAAGCUCGUCAUUAUAAUUAUACUGUUAAUAACAAUAGUACACAUAGUUGGUUAGAAUAUUAUCGUCAUAGAGAUAUUCAAUCAAAUCAAUGUUAUAUAAAUGAAUGGAAUCAAAUGGAAGAUAUCUUAUCACAUCGUAGUGAUUCAUCACAUAUAUAUCGAUUUUUAUCAUCGGAUGAAGAAAUAUUUCGUACACGAAUUUACAUUAAACUAAAAGAAAUAAUGUUACAAGUUAAUCUUGAUGAAGUCACACCAAAAUUUUUACGUGAACAAUUAGAAAAUAUCUUUCAAAUAUGUUUAUCUUCAUAUAAACAAUAUAUUGAUGAUAUAAUGCUUGAAAUUCUUGCACAAAUGGAUAAAGCAACAAUGAUUUUACCAUAUCUUUAUCUUGGUUCAGAAUGGAAUGCAUCAAAUCUUGAAGAAUUAAAAGCAAAUAAUGUUGGUUAUGUUUUAAAUGUUUCACGUGAAAUAGAUAAUUUUUUUCCUGAACAUUUUAAAUAUUUAAAUGUACGUGUACAUGAUAAUGAUGAUGCUAAUUUAUUAAAAGAAUGGGAAAAAACAUUUCGAUUUAUAAAUGAAGCAAAAAUAAAUAAUCUAUGUUGUUUAGUACAUUGUAAAAUGGGUAUUAGUCGAUCUGCGUCAACGGUAUUAGCAUAUCUAAUGAAAGAAAACAAUCAUUCAUUAGCCGAUGCUUUAGAACAUGUUAAAAAACGACGAUCAUGUAUAAAUCCAAAUGGUGGAUUUAGAAAUCAAUUAAUUAUUUAUGAAGGAAUAUUAGCAGCAAAUAAAACAUUUCGAAAUAAAUUAGCGAUUACUUCGAUAAAUGUACCAUCAACUUCAGUGCAGUCAUGA